AUGAGAGCAGGCGCGCUUCUGGCGCUGGUCGUGAUGAGCUCACUCCACGGCACUUGUCGCCUCGCGCUCGCCUCGCCCCUCCACGAGAUAGAACUUUAUAACGAAGCUCCAAAAUCCUCACCUACCGUGGAACUGAUGAUCCCGUUGCUGUUGGGUGCGGCGGACUCGAGCGAGCGAAACAACCGCGCCCGGCAUGACGACGACGGGCCAUUCAGUAACAUACCCGACAGUGCCUUCACGUUGGACGAGGGCAUCCGCGUGAAUGUUGACCCUGCACCGCUGCCCACGCCUUCGCCAACCCCCGCCUAUAAGGGGGACAAAGCUGGCAAUGAUAAGUUCGAUUACUAUCGGCCGCGAUCAAUAUAUUUGGGUAGCUCGGAGCAACAGACCGAACAGCCGCCGGACAUAUGGCGUGCGUGUCAAGGACUGGCGCGGGAGCGGACUGGCCCGGCGUAUGAUGUGUUGCUACUGCUGUGUGCCGAGUUACUGGACGUGGCCGGUCCGAACACACAACGAGCACAAUUGUUACCACUCGCCAGUGAGGUCGCGGAGUCCAGUACUCCGUGCACGUGCUGUAGCGAGACGCAGCUCCUGGACCAGCGAGCGCGACGUGACUUCAUGCCGAUGGGCGAGGAUGCCGACAAGGUGCUGCGGUAUAUAAGAGGGCCGCACAGACGGCGACCUCCGAUAAUGCCGCCACCACCGUGGGCGGGUGACAUACAAGAUUAA